CACGGCUUGAAAACAACCAACAACACAGCAAUCUCCUCAGGAUGAGCAGGAAAAACUCCUGGAUGAAGCCAUUCAGGCUGUGAAGGUGCAGUCUUUCCAGAUGAAGCGAUGCUUGGACAAAAACAAGCUCAUGGAUGCUCUGAAACAUGCUUCCAACAUGCUUGGGGAGCUCCGGACUUCCAUGUUAUCUCCGAAGAGCUAUUAUGAGCUCUACAUGGCCAUUUCUGAUGAACUACACUACCUGGAAGUUUACCUGACAGAUGAAUUUGCCAAAGGAAGGAAAGUGGCAGACCUUUAUGAGCUAGUACAGUAUGCUGGAAAUAUUAUUCCAAGACUAUAUCUCCUGAUAACAGUAGGUGUUGUCUAUGUCAAGUCAUUUCCGCAGUCCAGGAAAGAUAUCUUGAAAGACCUGGUGGAGAUGUGCCGUGGAGUACAGCAUCCUCUGAGGGGCCUGUUUCUUCGAAACUAUCUCCUGCAGUGUACCAGAAACAUCUUGCCAGAUGAAGGCGAACAAACAGAUGAAGAAACUACUGGAGACAUCAGUGAUUCCAUGGAUUUUGUGCUGCUGAAUUUUGCUGAGAUGAACAAACUUUGGGUGCGGAUGCAACACCAGGGCCAUAGUCGGGACAGAGAGAAAAGGGAGCGAGAAAGGCAGGAACUGAGAAUCCUUGUAGGAACAAACCUGGUUCGCCUCAGUCAGUUGGAAGGUGUUAAUGUGGAGCGAUAUAAGCAGAUUGUUUUACCUGGAAUACUGGAGCAGGUUGUAAAUUGUAGAGAUGCUUUAGCUCAGGAGUACCUCAUGGAAUGCAUCAUACAGGUUUUCCCAGAUGAAUUUCAUCUCCAAACCCUGAACCCGUUUCUCAGAGCCUGUGCUGAGCUGCACCAAAAUGUGAAUGUGAAAAAUAUAAUAAUUGCUUUAAUUGAUAGGUUAGCUUUAUUUGCACAUCGUGAAGAUGGACCAGGCAUCCCAGCAGAUAUCAAACUUUUUGACAUCUUUUCGCAGCAGGUUGCUACUGUUAUACAGUCUCGCCAAGAUAUGCCCUCAGAGGAUGUGGUAUCUUUGCAAGUUUCUCUCAUUAACUUGGCAAUGAAAUGCUACCCAGAUCGUGUUGACUAUGUUGAUAAGGUGUUGGAAACAACUGUGGAAAUAUUCAAUAAACUUAAUCUGGAGCAUAUUGCAACAAGCAGUGCUGUUUCAAAGGAGCUGACGAGACUUCUGAAAAUUCCUGUUGAUACUUACAACAAUAUUCUGACAGUUUUGAAACUAAAACACUUCCACCCCCUCUUUGAGUACUUUGAUUAUGAAUCCAGGAAGAGCAUGAGUUGUUAUGUGCUUAGCAACGUAUUGGAUUAUAACACAGAAAUUGUGUCUCAAGAACAGGUUGAUGCUAUCAUGAAUUUGGUAUCCACCCUGAUCCAGGAUCAACCAGAUCAGCCUGCCGAAGACCCUGAUCCUGAGGACUUUGCUGAUGAGCAAAGUCUUGUGGGAAGAUUUAUUCAUCUCUUGCGUUCAGAUGAUCCUGACCAACAGUAUCUGAUCUUGAACACUGCUCGGAAACACUUUGGUGCGGGUGGGAACCAGCGUAUUCGUUUUACGCUGCCACCGUUGGUUUUUGCGGCGUAUCAGCUUGCUUUUCGCUACAAGGAGAACUCCAAAGUGGAUGACAAAUGGGAAAAGAAAUGCCAGAAGAUCUUCUCGUUUGCUCAUCAAACCAUCAGUGCUCUGAUCAAAGCAGAACUGGCAGAGCUGCCUCUCCGGCUCUUCCUUCAAGGAGCACUGGCUGCAGGAGAAAUUGGAUUUGAGAAUCAUGAAACUGUGGCAUAUGAAUUCAUGUCCCAGGCCUUCUCUCUGUAUGAAGAUGAAAUCAGUGAUUCAAAAGCACAGCUGGCUGCAAUCACCUUGAUAAUUGGGACCUUUGAAAGGAUGAAGUGCUUCAGUGAGGAGAACCAUGAACCUUUGAGGACUCAGUGUGCACUGGCAGCUUCUAAGCUACUUAAGAAGCCAGACCAGUGUCGGGCUGUGAGCACUUGUGCCCAUCUGUUUUGGUCUGGCCGGAACACUGACAAGAAUGGAGAAGAGCUUCAUGGGGGAAAACGAGUGAUGGAAUGCCUGAAAAAGGCCUUAAAGAUAGCAAAUCAAUGCAUGGACCCUUCUCUGCAAGUCCAGCUCUUCAUAGAAAUUCUGAAUAGAUACAUCUAUUUUUAUGAAAAAGAAAAUGAGGCGGUGACAAUUCAGGUUUUGAAUCAGCUCAUACAGAAGAUUAGAGAAGAUCUCCCAAACCUUGAGUCUACUGAAGAAACAGAACAAAUUAACAAACAUUUUCACAACACACUGGAGCACUUGCGUCUGAGGAGGGAAUCGCCAGAAUCUGAGGGGCCAAUUUAUGAAGGUCUUGUCCUUUAAAGAAGACAUACACUGUACUUGUUUCUUUUCGUUUACAUACCAUAUGUUUUUUUAAGAUAGAUUCAUAGAUUGUGCCUUUCAGAAAUGUCAAGUUAAAUUAACGUUCAUGUGUUCAGUCUGGCACUUCAAACACUUGUGUUGAGUACCCUAACAAAUGUAAAAGGUUGGACCAGCGACUACAGGUUUCAUCAGCUAGCAUGACUGAACUUUUCUUUGAAUUCAUGUGACAUGAUAGGGCCCUUCAGUUCUGAUUUCUUUUCUGUCUGUUCACUGUUGCUUCAGUAGCACUAGUUUUAAUCUGGCAGUGACUGUCAUGUGAAACUGCCAGACUUCUAUGGAGCAUCAGAUUUUUGGAAUUAUUGUAUGUCAGAUUCCGCUUGUGCUUUUUUUUAAUGCAAGUUAAGACUAAGUGUAAUAUUUUUCCCUAAAACUAGAAUAUAUUAAUGCAUGUUUGGAGAAUUUUAAACUACCAUGUUCAAAACAGAAGUUAUAUUUUGCAUAUUAAGGCUCUGUGACACUCAGUGAGGGCCAGUAUUGUGCACAGGGCAUAUUUAUCAAGAUAAUUUUGUUCCAGAUAGAGAAAUUGCAAUCUAUAUAGAAUAUGUAUAACCUUCAUUACUGUAAAUUUAGGGGAAAAUCCAUUACACGAGUUUAUUCAAUAUCAUGAUUUUGCACCAGUGAAACAAUAAAAUUGCUAUUAACAUCGUUUGUUUCUUGUCUUUUCAAAGGCCAGUGUUGAAUCUAGUACCACCUUGUCAUUAAAAGCAAAGCAACUUAUGCCUUGAAGGGACAGAAGCAAGACAUAGUUAACUCCCAAGCUGGGAGGCUCAUAGUUCUAAUGUGUAGGUAUAAUCACUCAAAACUAACAUACAUCCUCUCAGCGUAUUUGGAAGAACGUUCAUGUGUCAGAAUGUUUUUCUGAUGUACUUGGUGAUGGAGAAUCUUACCAGACUUUAGGUGUGUGUUAGACAAAUGGCAACAAAGGUCUAGAACCUGGAGUACAACAAUUGUCAGUGACAGCUGGUGUGAAGACCGAGUGGGCUUGUAAACUAGCACUAAUUGCUGGCGACUUAAUUCAUGUGUCUCAGAAAUUUAAAUUAAGGCAAAACGGACUUGAACUUGCUCCUUGAGUUGACAGCUGUUACGUUAUCCUUCUUUGCGUGAUGAAACGGUGGAGAUUGUUGGGGAUACCUAAUAACUUAGUGCUCACCAGCUGGUUUUGAAGAGGCAAGUCUUAUUCUGUGAUUUGGAGAGUACACAACCAAUUAGGCUGUUCUUCUACUUGAUAGAUCUAUAUCUUAUAAGUGCAGUCUUUUCACAAGAAAGGAAAUAAAACUUGGAAAAAUUCAAAGGUGGGUAGCAAGCGUGAUCAAUGGCUUCAGUUUAAAACAUGUUAGUUUAAGCUAGGAGUGCUUGGUUCAGGAUGUCCAGAGAAGUCAGGAAGUAUGGAAAGAUCUGUUGACUUGCUCCUUUCAGCAUAGGAGCUACUGUUAAAUGAAGCCAAAUAUGCAUGGGAAAAAGGUAGCCUGUCAAAUGACUGAAGUGAUGUGUUUCUUUGUGUCUUAAAGCUACACAGUUAAGACUCUUGCACAGCUCUGAAUCACUUUUAUUGAAAUUUUACAUAGUAAAUUUCAAAAUAAUAUGUAAAUUCUAAGAUCAACUAUGUGAACAUGCAUUUUGGCUGUGGUGAUGGCUGUGGUUCAAUAGCUAUCACCCCUCUUGCCAGCAAAGGGGAGCACCUCAAACCACAGAAGAUGCUUGUGAGGCUGAGGACAAAGUUCUUGCUGUUGGUGUUGAAAUGAUCACCUCUUGUGUGGGGUGAAUCUAGACAGCAGUCAAG